GUCAACUUCCUCUCUCCCAGCCUCCUCUGUCACAGCCAUAACAACCCAACAUGGUCUUCUCUACCCUCUUUCCCGUGGGCAGAAACCUCAUUAGAGGAUUCUGGCGCAGAGCCUCCUCACUUUAUCAUCAUGUGGUCUCCGGCUUUGAGUGGCUCAAAGACAAUUUCUGGGAUCUGCUGAAGAAGGCUUUGAAAUUCCUCUCGCGUCCUGAAGUUAUUGGAGUUAUUGUCUUUGCUAUUGCUCUGGGAAUCUUGUUGGGUCUUGGAUUUACAGCUGGUGGAAUUGCUGCAGGUUCGGCCGCAGCUGCGUAUCAAGCCUUUGCUUACGGUGCGUUUACUCCAGCCGGUGGAAUUUUCGCUGGCUUGACGAGUAUGGCGAUGACGGGACUGUACCCUCUUUUUGCUCUGGUACUUUCUGUGGUUGUUGCGGUAGUCGUGGCGGUUGUUGCGAGGAUGUCUAGGCAGGGACAGGCUCAGGCUGAGACUCAGUGAAUCGGAUUUAUCCACAGGAGUAGAAUCUUGACUAUCUAUUUCAGAAUCGAUGAAUAGCAUGAAUUCAACACAC